ACUAGCGGCCGUCGGGAGCGCUUCCGCCUCCCCACCGCCGCCCUCGCCAUGGCCGCGCCGGCCCCGGGCCUCAUCUCGGUGUUCUCGAGCCCCCAGGAGCUGGGUGCGUCGCUAGCGCAGCUGGUGGCCCAGCGCGCAGCAUGCUGCCUGGCGGGGGCCCGCGCCCGUUUCGCGCUCGGCCUGUCGGGCGGGAGCCUCGUCUCGAUGCUAGCCCGCGAGUUGCCCGCCGCCGUCGCCCCUGCCGGGCCAGUCAGCCUAGCGCGCUGGACGCUGGGCUUCUGCGACGAGCGCCUCGUGCCCUUCGAUCACGCCGAGAGCACGUACGGCCUCUACCGGACGCAUCUUCUCUCCAGAUUGCCGAUCCCAGAAAGCCAGGUGAUCACCAUUAACCCCGAGCUGCCUGUGGAGGAGGCGGCUGAGGACUACGCCAAGAAGCUGAGACAGGCAUUCCAAGGGGACUCCAUCCCAGUUUUCGACCUGCUAAUCCUGGGGGUGGGCCCUGAUGGCCACACCUGCUCACUCUUCCCAGACCACCCCCUCCUGCAGGAGCGGGAGAAGAUUGUGGCUCCCAUCAGUGACUCCCCGAAGCCACCGCCACAGCGUGUGACCCUCACGCUACCUGUCCUGAAUGCAGCACGAACUGUCAUCUUUGUGGCAACCGGAGAAGGCAAGGCAGCUGUUCUGAAGCGCAUUUUGGAGGACCAGGAGGAAAACCCGGUGCCUGCCGCCCUGGUCCAGCCCCACACCGGGAAACUGUGCUGGUUCUUGGACGAGGCGGCCGCCCGACUCCUGACCGUACCCUUCGAGAAGCAUUCCACUUUGUAGCUGGCCAGAGGGACGCUGCAGCUGGGACCAGGCGCACUGGCCCCAGGGGCUGGGCCCCUGCUGGCCGCCACGCUCUCGGUUCUCCUUUAAAAAAGCUGGUGGUGGUGCUGCUGCUGGAAAACAACAGCAUCCAGCCACCAGCCCUGCCCGGGGCUUAACACACAGGCUGUGGCUCUGGGCAUCCGGAUAUUAAAAGGAGCGUUGCUGGAA